AUGGCUGAAGCUGGCCUGCAUUCUUAUAGUCAAAUGACUCAGAAUAUUCGCAUCUGCCACGGAUCAAACAUAGAGCACGAUGAAGAGCGAAUAACACUACCAGAUGCCAACGAAAGCGUUUUUAGUAGUCCUAUACAUUGUGUAGCGCCAUCGGAUAUUAUGCUAUCUACAACGAAUGGGGAUCAGCAUUCAAGGCUAGGAUUACGACAAUUUGAUCGAAAGCAAAUUCAGUAUUUUUCCAACAUCGAUUUAUUUCAACAACCAUCUGGUUUUAAUUAUUUGCGAUAUGCGAGAGCAGACGAAUUACGACAUGAAGAAAAUACUAACCCGCAUUUCUACAUUUCAAAUUUGACUUUCAUCUACGAUUUUCGAACAAUUACUGAUCGUAUAAUACUUCGACCACCGCAGAAUCUUGCUAUACUCAAUGAUGUUUCAUUUGAACUGUCUGGUGGUGAAACUCUCGCAAUUCUUUAUACUUCUGAAUUUGAAAUUCGCACACUUUUAUGCAUUUUGGCUGGGAGAAUGACACAUGGAGUCUCUAUAAAAGGAACUUUUCAAAUAAAUGGCCACAAUUUGGAAAUACAGCAGUUGGCUAAGAUGAUAGCAUAUGUUUCAUUCGAAGAACUUUAUCCAUGGCUAACCGUUAAGCAGACUCUUUUUUUUAUGAGUGCCUUCAAAAAAUCCGCUACUGGUACUUUUAAAAUUGAAAAUAUGAUCGAUCAGUUAAUUCAAACACUAGCACUAUCACCUUAUCGAAAUACAUUGUGCAGCGAAAUUGGGAAAACUGAACGACAACGUCUAAAAAUUGCCAUUCAAAUUUUGAAAGAUACUGAUAUCAUUCUUUGCGAGAAUAUAACGAAAGAUAUGGACCUAUAUGAUAGCUCUUUUGUAAUUGAUUAUCUUCGUGAUUUUGCUAAUAAAUUAAAUCGAAUUAUAAUUAUGGCCAUAACUCCGCCAACAAUUGAAAUAUUAACUAUGUUCCAUAAAACAUUGUUGCUUGCUUCCGGCCAAGUAAUCUAUUUUGGACGUUCAAGUGAAAUGGUUCAUUACUUCGAAUCAACUGGUUUCCCGUGUCCAUUACUGAAAAACCCAUGCGACUAUUACGUGGAUUUGGUUACUCACGAUAAUCUCACGCCAGAAGCAUCUUCUGAAUCAAUAGAAAGAAUUCGACGAUUGAGCGAACUCUGGAAGCAAAAUUACACUCUGCGACAUCCGAAAGUCACAGCGCCUUUAUCAUCUAAAAUUGCACAGGCUAAUUCAUUUGAAGCCAUGGUCAUUAUCUAUAGGAGAUUUUUCGCUAUAUAUAAAAAUCGUCCGUGGAGCAUUAUGAAGGAACCAUUUUACGCAUUGCUAACUUCAUUGUCGCUUGGUGCAAUUUUUUUUGAUAUUCCCGCAGAUCGAAGAGCAGGAAUCGAUGAUCGAUUUGUUUCUGAUGAGCGCCUCUUUCUUUAUCAAGAUUUAUGUAACCAGUUUUAUGGAUCCAUUGGCUAUCUUUUCACCAAGAUAAUUUUUGAUUUUCCCUUUUCGUUGUUUACCUAUAUACUUUAUGCUUUACCGGCUUAUAUAAUGAGCGGCUUGCCACCGAAAAAUGAACUCUAUUGGCCUUUUAUUAUUUCUUUUGCUACUAUUGUUAUACUAAAUUCUCUUCUAUGGCGAUAUGCUUCGUGGAUGUUCGCUUAUGCUUUCGGUUCACGUACAACUGCAGCUUUUGCUAGUGCGGCUCUUAUGGGAUUAUCUGCCCUUGCAUCUGGAUUACUUGUUCAUCCUUAUGAUCUUUUGCAAUUUGCUAAGUGGACACAUUUCAUUAGUCCAAUAAAAUAUGCUGGUGAGAUAUUAGCAGAAAAUGAAUUCAAAGGGACUUCACCUCUUCUUGAAAAGGUGAUCGCAAUGAUUACAAAUAAGCAUAAAUCGUGGAACCGAACUGAAUUGAUGAUUGGAUGCGAGAGAAAACGAGUUCUUGCAGCGAAAAUUAGAGAGAUUGAUGAUAAUUGA